GAAAAGCCGAGCAGGGACCCCGGUGGCAGGUUGUUACUUUCAGGGGUUCAGCGCCGUGAGUCCUGUUUUUCUGUCAUCGCAAGGCAGGCCACUCGCUACUUCCCGCCGCUGCAGCCUGCGUUGGGGAGUACAAGGAGCGGAGGGCGGGCUUGACCAGAGGUUGGGGUCCGGCCCUGGAUGCCCGGUGCCCGCCAAGCUACUCCGCUUCUUCACUGGCGGCCGCGCAGGAAGAUUCCGGGAAACGUCCGCCUGCCAUGAGCCCGCGGGACUGAAAGCCAGCGACUCGGAGCAGCGCGGGCGAGUGGAGCGAAGGGCCAGACCCGGGCUCAGGGACUACUGCCCGCAGCCGCCCGAGCUGCGGAUCGGGGCUGGGCGAUGAUCCGGGGCGUGGAGGCGCCGAUGGCGGACAACCCGCCGCAGCCGCCGCCCGUCAUCUUCUGUCACGACUCCCCGAAGCGGGUGCUGGUGUCGGUCAUCAGGACGACCCCGAUCAAGCCCACGUGCGGCGGCGGAGGGGAGCCGGAGCCGCCGCCGCCGCUCAUCCCCACUAGUCCCGGCUUCAGCGACUUCAUGGUAUACCCGUGGCGCUGGGGCGAGAACGCGCACAAUGUGACGCUCAGCCCGGGGGUUGCGGGGGGCGCCGCCUCGGCUGCUUUGCCUGCCGCUGCCUCCCAGCACCCGGGGCUUCGGGGCCGGGGCGCGCCGCCGCCCGCCGCCUCUGGAGGUGAGGACGAGGAGGAAGCGAGCAGCCCGGACAGCGGCCACCUCAAGGAUGGAAUCCGACGUGGUAGACCCAGAGCAGACACCGUACGGGAUUUAAUAAAUGAAGGAGAGCAUUCGUCCAGCAGAAUUCGUUGUAACAUCUGUAAUAGGGUGUUUCCACGGGAGAAAUCGCUGCAGGCUCACAAAAGGACUCAUACAGGUGAGAGACCCUACCUAUGUGACUAUCCAGACUGUGGAAAAGCCUUUGUUCAAAGUGGACAGCUUAAAACACAUCAGCGCCUUCACACCGGAGAGAAACCUUUUGUUUGUUCAGAAAAUGGCUGCCUUAGCAGAUUCACCCAUGCGAACCGCCACUGCCCGAAGCACCCUUAUGCCAGGCUGAAGCGGGAGGAGCCCACCGACGCCCUCAGUAAGCACCACGCCGUGGACAACCAGGCUGCUGCUGAGUGGUUGGCAAAGUAUUGGGAAACAAGAGAGCAGCGCACCCCCACCUUGAAAGGAAAGCUCGUUCAGAAGGCUGAUCAGGAACAGCAGGACCCUCUAGAAUACCUUCAGUCUGACGAGGAGGACGACGAGAAGAGUGGUGCCCAGCGCCGCCUCCAGGAGCAGCGGGAGCGCUUGCAUGGAGCCCUCGCGCUCAUAGAGCUGGCCAAUCUGACGGGGGCGCCACUGCGCCAGUAGCUGCACACGGACCUCUCCCACUGUACAAAAGUAUUGCCCGGCGUACUUCUAAAGUAGAUCCUUGGGCAUAAGCUAAGCACCUUACUUGCUUGUUAUAGGCUGCUAUUCUGUAGAAAUUUUUGAAGAAUGUCAUUGCCCCAGAAUACGGGGCGAGAGAGAAUUGCACUUUUUUUAUAUGGUAAUGGAUUGUUGUAAAGUUUAAAAUAUUUUGUAAAUAUGGGAUUUAUAGUACAGGGUAGGAAACUACAUAUUGUGGGAAGCUAGAUUUUGCAAGUUUAAUGCAUUCAUUGGAAGCAGUUCUCACAGGAAGCACUUUCUGAAUAAGACACUCAUGAAAAAACAGAAACAUGUAGCCAAAGAAGGUUGAAAUAGAUUAUUUAUAAGAUCAUUUUUUAACAAUGUAUGUUAGUAUGUUCAAUAAUACUGUAAACACUGAAGCAAACAAAAAAGUAUAAGAUAUAUGUGUAAGCUAUAUAUUUUUAAAUUGCAAAAUAGUGUGACUAACAAGACUAGAGAAAUGGAAAACUGACUUUUGGAAGAUGUUCUAAGUUUUGGAAGAAAAGAUAUUUGAGGAUCUUGGUAAGAUGCACGAUAGUUUAAAAUUUUCAAAAUUGGAGUAAAAUCAGUCUUAUUCUAUCUUUCCAAGGCUUUACAAUUUACUAUGGUGUUCAGGUUUGAAAAGCACUUGUCAUUCCUCACUUGUUAAUUUGGGAACUUUUGCACAUUUCAUAUUUCUCAUUUGCUGAUAUUGAAUGAUUAAUCUUGCAAAGUCUGGUAGCCUGGUAAUUUUUUUUUUAAUAUUUUGGGCCCUGUAUGGAGAUUUGGCACUUGGAUUUUUAUUGAUAAAAGGGCAUCUACAGGGUUGUUUUGUAGUAAACUGUUUUAGAUCUUUUGUUAGCAAACACUAAAUUUUAAUUGUACUGCUUGUUUAGAAUUAUUAGCAAAUGGAAGCCUCCUAUUUAUAUUUUCAGUGCAUAAAGCCACCUUCUUGCUUUUCAGAAUAACAUGCCAAGCUAUUUUGUGCUCACUAAAUGUAGCUAUCGGUUAAACACUGCAGAAAAUAUUAGCUACUCAAAUAAGUAGGCUUCUGGGAUAGUUUUAACUGCAAGUGUGUUAACUUGUGUGGUGGUUUUAAACCAUUUUUCCAAAUAGAUGAAAUUCUUAAACAUCACUUGAUGUACUGAAGCAUGAACAGAAAAAUCUAGAGCAGAGCAGUUCACCUCCUUUAAGUAGGCAUAAACCUCCAUCAUUUUAGCUUUUUUUUAAGCACAAACUAAAAACAUGCAUAGCAUGCUAAUUUUAUAGAUUGCUUAAUUGGAGUAAACCUUGGAAUAACAGGGAAAUACUGGCUCUUCAGCGCCUUUUAAAAAAAGUAGUAGCCUACAGAUGUAGUUUAAACAUUAUCUAAAAUGUAGGCUUCUUUCUCCCGGAAUCCCCAUGUGUUGCAGUACACAGAUAGUUUCACAUAAGUAGCCAUGACGAAAGGGAGGGAUGUAAAUGUCUUGAAAAGGAGCGAAAGUAUGAAAGAUGAUAGUAACAAAUGAUGUGUUUGAUGAGGACAUACCUUACAAAUGUAAUCCUCUGUGUAGUAAAUGACAAAUUUUGAAGGAAUUUUUUUGUAAUAAGAAAAUUUAUAUUUGUAAUGGUCUAAGAACUUUGUUUGUAAUCUGAUAUAUAGAACUUUAACUUGGAGCACUUAUAAGGACAGUAAGAGAGACUAUAGCAUUGAAUUUUCUUGGUAUAGGUUUCAAUAUUUUCUCUAGAAGUUUUCCCCUCGAAUAUGACUUAAAUGAACUAUAAAAAGCAACAGUCAACAGUCUUGGGAAAUUUAAAAUUUGAUGAGAUUACAUAAGGAAGGGCAGUAAAAAUUUUAAAAAAUACAAAUCCUUGCCAAUUCAAAGAUAAUAAAAUUUAAGGCCUUCAAAAGUAAGGGUUUUUAUUUCUCUGGUCAGCUUUUGUCAGCUAUAAUAGUUAUAUUCACAAGCAUUUUUUAUUUGUAUGAUUGAAAGUUUUAAGAAAUUAUUACAACUAUUUACUAUAGAAAUAUUUAAAAUGUUCUUUUUUUGGUAUAAGCUAUAUACUUGGACAAAAUACAUUGGCAUUUAAAAUUUGAGGUGUGUUAAGACUGCUUUUUGUUUUAAAAAUGUGGUUUACAUUCAAAAUUUUGAAGUGUUUUAUGCUUCUAUGGCUAAGUUGUAUGUAGAUUGGCAGAGUUAACAGCAUAAGAAUAAACAUGCUGUAAUUUUAAAAGAUGCUUUGAAUAAAAUUUUAUUUUAAUUUA